AUGUGUGGGUGGGGACCUCCUCGAGCAAUUCAAGGCAAGGUUGGUGUUGUAAUUGGAGCAACCCCAUGGGUUGACAACUACAAUGUACCGAUAUUCUCUAAUGACAUGACAGCAGUUUGUAAAAUUGCAAAGAGAGUGAGUAGUAGGUGGGGUGGACUCCAUUCAGUACAAUCUAUGGCAAUUGCUCAUGGUGAAGCUAUAAUUGAGGUAGCCUGCAAUUUGCUAGAACCAAGUAGAGUUGGUGGCAGUCAAGUUCAAGUUCAAAUUGAGCAGCUUGCCAAGGAAGAGGGUCUCCAAGUUGGGAGGGGAUACUAUACUGAUUUUUCCAAAGAAAAAAUAGUUGAAACUUACUGA